UGUUAUGAUACUUAUAUCACCCUCCCGUCUCUGUUUGUCUACUUCCUCUUUUCGAAACUAUCCUGUCAAUCCUUUCCAACUCAUUCCCUACACAGCUUCGAGCAGGUCUCUGUGAUCAGCAUCAUUCCUUUGCUGCAAGAACCACUGUCGACGUAAACACCUAUACAGGACCAAUCCUUCCUUACACAACACCCAACACAGUCUACUAGACGCGACUAUCCUUAUCCAACAGGAAACUCAUCAACCCAUCAAAAAUCAAAAUGCAAUUCAAGAACAUCGUCGCUGGCGCAGCCGUGCUGCUUGCCUCUGCUCAAACCGCCGUGGCUCUCGGUAGUGCUCAUGUUGUCAACAACUGCGGCUUCCCUGUCUACUACUCAUCUGUAGGAGGAAGCAGCAACCCCGGCAUGGCUCAACUCCAGGGCAGCUACAGCCAGGGAUACUCCAACCAGGGUACCGGUAUCUCCAUCAAGCUCUCGCCCAACGAGACCACCAGUGGACCCAUCUCUCAAUUCGAGUUCACCUGGGCUGACGGCAAGAUCGCCUAUGACCUGUCCAACAUUGACGGCUACCCCUUCUCUGCUGGCGGUAUGGAGAUCGUUCCAUCCAUGCAGAAUGACCCCAGCAACCCAACCUGCGUUCCUGUAUCCUGCCCUGCUGGUCAAUCCACCUGCACCGCUGCCUACAACGCCCCAGACGACGUCCGCACCAUGGUCUGCAGUGAGGACUCCGACCUCACCCUAACCAUCUGCCCUGGCGGAUCAUCCAAGCGCAGCGUCUCAGUCGAGGAUGGACACAUUCACUACCGUGUCCACGCUCGUCAUUUGCCCAAGCUCGCAUAAGCGCGUGACAAAUGUACCCCAAGAUCAAUCGGAUUCAGCGACACGAACAAGUUCCAGGCAUUUGUGCCUGACUUGCUGAUGAUCAAGUUUUGAUGAAACCCUCCGCAACCCUUUUUUGGCGCAGCUUGGUUUCUGCCGCCUCAAGCCUUUCGCUGCCUGCAAGUACACUCUCUUAGCUACAUCUUCCAUGAGUCGACACAUGGAUAUGUCAUCAUUCCUGCAGGUUUCAGUGCCCGGUCUCAACGACCACCCACAACCAUCUUCAUGGACCAUUUCUCUCGCGGAGAUUUACUACAAAACUUUGAGAUCAGCAAAGUCAGUCAUUUCAUACUUGGCUACGACAAUACCAAACACCAAAACAUCACGAAAUUAACAAGAUCAUGAUUAUCAGACAUGAUGACGACCACAACGGAGCAGAGGCUGAAGGACAUUUUGGGCGUGAGAGGUUCUCUUCUUUACCUGGGCCCCUUGGGCCUUUCGUUUUUUCUUUCAUCGACACUUUCUCUUGACUUCACCUCCUUCUGGGGAUGGUUGAGUGAGUGUGCAGAUGGUAGGAAGCAAGUUGCUGUUGCAUCUUGUAGUACAACAAGUGUGUGACUUGAUUCCUACUUUUUGGCAAGCAGACAAUAAACCCCGAGGCUAAAAAGCAAAAAGAGUCCACGAGCACCUUUUGUUCAAUAUGCUUCCAAAGCGCAGCUAGGGAGAAAAUUGCUAUGCAGAUUUUUAUUUUUCCUCUUUAGAAAAGAUUGUUUAUAGACCUUUUUUACUUUCUCUCAUACCAAGAAUCUAGGGAUAUGGAAUGAAAACAUUGAAAAACCGA